CAAAUUUUUUCUUAUGCUAAAAGCAAAGCUAUAUCUAAAGUGCGGCAAAGGCAUAAAAUGAAUUCGCUCGUACGGUUUUUGAUAUUUGUAGCAUGUCUCAACCUGCUAUGCCUUAUGCGAUUACUUUACGAGGUAUUCAAAUAGUCGAAUUGGUGCACCUCGAAGUUGAAAACCUCUUAUCAAUUACACAAUAGAAUACUUCCUAUUGAGGGACUUAAUAUUUUUAUUCAAGGCUUCCUUUAUAUGACAUUGAAGUUUGAAAAGUUUUGGCAUUUGUGAUUUUUCGGUACAAUUCAAAAUUUCUAUGCUAAAUGGAGAAAAAUAUCAAACUCAGCUCUAAAAGCUACUACCAAAAUACUGAAACCACACAAAUACUUAUACGUAAACCUAAUACAAUAUUUAUCACUACGAACUAAAACCAUAUUAUAAAUAUGGCAUGCUUUAAGCGCGACAAGCUCGACUGUGAAUGUCCCGUCGAGUGUCCGAAAAUCCAGUUAACCAAGGAACGUCGUUACACCUGGCUGAAUUCCAGUGGUUGCGUAGUCAGUCGUCCGCUGACGAACUACGAGUGCCAGCUGGAGGAUGAAGUGCAGCAGCUGCAGGACGCUCUAUUCUCUAUAUCCUCGCACUAUGCCAAGAUUCAGUUUCGUUUGCGUCAGAUAGCCACAGCCUCGGGCUACGAGCAGGAAUGUCUGCUGCGCGAACUGGAGCGGGUCACAUGCCAGGGCAUCGAUGACAGACACAACGAGCUGCCCAACUUGUUGAGCGACUCGCACAGGCUGGGCAAUGUGCGUGGCAAGCAGCAGAAGAUCAUCUCAGAUAUCAGGAGUCGGCUCACGAACCUGGCCGAAGUGACCGAUGUCUGUUUCUGCGCAGAGUCCGAUAGUAGCUACAAUUUGCGUAGGCAUCUUCAGCGAGAGCUGGAGGAAGCCCCUCUCGAGGAAAUACCAUUACCUGCCACAGAGGAACAUGAGAAGAACUGUUCGUGUGUCGUUUGUCAGGACCGUAUGGAGGAGAAAUGCAAAGUGCCAGCCUAUGAGCGGGGCUAUCUGUCGGAGACCUGGCCAAGCGUUGAUGAAUGCAUUGAUGAAACCCAAACCCAAACUAAGCAGAAGAAGAAAAAGUCCAAUAAAUAUAGUCUGGAAAAACUAUUAAUCGAGCAAUCGAGCCUGUUAAAUCCUAGUCGCACCGGUGUAAGUCGCACCGUUAUAAGUUCUGCUAGUGGUAAAAAAGCUCCCAAGGAAGUAAAUUCCAUGCAAAGAAAUUCACGAAUCAAUGGGGUACAAAGCGCUAGAAGUCUCAAUCGCACCGUUAUAAGUUCUACAAGUGGUAAAAAAGCUCCCAAGGAAGUAAAUUCCAUGCAAAGAAAUUCACGAAUCAAUGGGGUACAAAGCGCUAGAAGUCUCAAUCGCACCGUUAUAAGUUCUGCUAGUGGUAAAAAAGCUUCUAAGGAAGUAAAUUCCAUACAAAGAAAUUCACGAAUCAAUGGGGUACAAAGCGCUAGAAGUCUCAAAUCCAAAAGUAAUCAGGAUAUCAAAACGCAAAAGAAAGGUGUAGUGCAAAAACUACCAACGCAUAGCUCUAAGUGCUGGCAAUUGCAACGCAGAAAAUCCCACGAGCCGCAACAAUUUUCGCCAAGAAAUUCGAAAAUGAAAGACGCUUUAGAUGCAGCUGAGGCUGGGGAAAAGUGCAUGCCUGGUUGCAAAUGUCCGGGAUCGAAGCGCAUGAGUCAACGGGACUUUGCAUUAAUGCAAAACUACAAGAGUCGAAUGGAGCUGAAAAAGAGAAAGUCCAGCAGUAGAGCUCAGGGCUCAAAAAUGAAAUAUGAAAUAGAAGGUGAUACACCAACAGAAUCGACAUGGAGUGGCCAGAGCUGCUGCUGUAAUCCUGUAGAGUAUAGCCCGAAAUCCACGAAUAUGAAUAGAGCCAAGGACACAAUCAGAUCUAAACCACAGAGCUGCACAACGCUAGACUCUGGCAAUCAAGUAGAACAUAAGGGGAAAACCACCAAUAUCAAAAGAGCUAAGGAAUCACCACGCAUAAGUCCUCAAGGCUCGGAAAUGCAAUACUCCAAAAAUCAUGUUGAGAUACGAAGAGACAGCAAGGUCAAGUCCCAAAAUGGCAAAGCAAGUUGCCCACAGGCCUGUAUAACGAUAUGCCCUGGCAAUCAAGUUCAACAAAAUGUGACUAUCAAGCGAUCAACACGAUGUAGUCUUCAGAGCUCACUGUUGCAAUACCCAGACAAUCAAGUAAAGCGCAAAAGUAAAAGCAUUCAAAACAAUAGUGCUAGGGAAUCGCCCCGAAGUAGUUCACCAAGCCCAAGAAUCCAAUCUCCUCACGAACGAGUAGAGCAGACUAACAGCCUGAAGGCAAGUAAAUCCAGAUAUAGAACCCCGUCGAACGGACAAAGUACUCCUCCAAGUGAGUUAAUGCAAUGCGAUGGAUGUCAAGAUGCCUGCGAGAUAAGCAAGUCCAGCAUUAGAUCUAAGGAACCACAACAGCGCCCUGCCAAAAGAGUGCAAUACCAAAACCUGGAAUCUGAAUGCGAAAGCGAAUCGGAGCUAAGUUCCGGAUGUCAAAACCAUCAACAAGACAGCAGCCAAGAAACCGUCCAUAGCCGGGAAACGGAAUGUAGGGAGGGGGAUACACAGGUCCCAAGGUACAACUGUGCCUUGGCAGAGAUGUCCACAUGUUUUGUUCAUAAGCGCAACGCAAGAACAUUAUGCGACAAGCGAUCUUGUACGGCUGUUUGUUCUAAAACUUGUACAUGCUAUGAUCAGCUGCCGGAUGAGAGUAGCAAAAAGCCAAGCAAAAAAGAAUUGAAAACUUGCGACAAGGAAACCUGCUCUAUUAAGCAGGCCAAAAGGCAAGCGAAAAAGAAGCCCGAAAAGAAAGAGAGCAAGAAGGAUUUGAAAUCAAAAUCUAUGACCAUGAUACCAAACGUAAAACCAUUGACACCAGCACUAAAACCUCCACGCAACUUCGUCGAGAGCCAGAAGAAUAGUUACCUUAUCUAUCCAAAUGUCCCCGCCAAAUAUGGUUCUCCAACCAAAGAGAAAUGUGGACGACGUUUCUGUAGAUUGUUUUGCAACAAGUUUAGCAGAACCUCGGUAGAUCCAAAUACCAAGAAAAAGCCUGACAAAAAAGAACUUAAACUAAGCGAAAGCCUAACUAACCCCUGCCCACAAACGUCAAAGAGCCCUGACCGCGAGACUGUGCUUCAAGAACUAAAGUCUCGCUUCAAAGCUAAAGAGUCGAGCGAAAAUGAUGGAGGCUGGCGAUUAGCUCAGCUAUAAUCAUAAGUUAUCUUAAAACACUCUCAAACAAUGGCAGGAACUCUCUGGAGCCACGUUGAAAGUGUUUUAGUUUAGUUUAGGAUUAUGCUUGCUUCCAAUAUCUGGUAGGUCGUAUGAUUUAUAUUGUAUGAUGGCAUGUUAUGUAAGCCGUUGUAAAUGUUAACUGGACUUAAGUCCAGCAGAUGUGCCAUGCCCAGGGUCUUGGAGAUCAUCUCGCCAUAGGCAGAGUGAAAGCUGGAUCCUGCUGUUGAUCUUGGCCAAGAAUACCAAAGUGCAAAGUCGGGUAAAUUUGCGUCUGUCAUUAUAUAGAAGUUUCAUGUUUGGAUAUUUAGUAAAAU